GGGUGGCUAUACUUCUGGUACUCCCACACAACGUACAGCCUAUAUGGCUCCUAGACCAGGUUAUGGUAUACCUUUGGGUGGCAUAUCACUAAUGGCAGCUCCAGAUUCAGAAGUAGAAAAAUUUAUUGGAGGGAUAUCACCGGGAGUAGUAACUGAUGAUUGGAUGGAAAAAAUUCUCAAGACAACUUGUGGUACAUUAAAAUCUUGGAAACAAGUUAAAGACCAAUUCAGAAAUCCAAAGGGUUUUGGAUUUGCGGAAUAUGCUGAUGCUGAUAGUGUACUGCAUGUCUUGCGUGUACUUGGUGGCGAAGGUUCGGGUGAUGAUAAAAAAGAUAAGGGAAUUAGUUGUUCUUCCUGCUUUGGAGGAAGGUGCUAAUGGCAAAAAUUAAUAUCAAAGCCGAUGAGAAUACAAGAAAAUAUCUUGAUCAAUAUGAGGCUUCAAG